AUAUAUGGUUCCCUGCUACAAGCAUUGACUCAUUGCGCGUGCGUGGAGUACGUCGGGCAUCCGAUGGUGUGCGCAUGUUUCCGCCAUGGUGACUGUUCUCGCUGGAUGGCACAGCUGUGGCGGCGAGUAGCAGGACCAUCACCAUCCUUAGCAAUACAAUACAAAACGGCGAGUAGCAGAAGCUACGACCUUGAUUGUCCUUUUAGUGGACCUUCUUUUUCCAGUCUUCUUGCCUUGCUAGUACAUAUUACUGUCUGUAUUAUGUCGGUAGCUUGCUCAGUUGUCAGUUCAACUGGCCACCGCUGCAAGUCGUUUGAUUUGUUGUGAUGCAGUAUCAAAAUUGGCCACUGCUGUAAGCUAUGCAGACAUUAGAGUCUACACUGUGUUUUCAACUUUUCAUCCUGGAUGGUCUCCUUUCAACGUGUGUUCUACAAACUGACGGAGAUCAACUAUAAGCUGAGUCCGCAGUAGAUUUCCUGGACUGGUCCGCUGGCCGCUGAAGACUUGAAAAGGUUGGUAGCAGAGAGCUGGCACUCCCAGUGAGAGGCGGAUCCGAGCCUUCAUAAUUAAACCAAGGGUUGUCAGCAGCUUCCAGACAGGCAGGCACCGGCAUCGCCGGCCGCCGGCAGAGCAGAGAUGCAGAGGUCGGGCUCGGACCUCUCGCCGCAGAGGGUAGCCGAGAACAUUGACGCCUGUGUGGUGGCGAACAAGAUGCACAAAGCCGGGGACGCAGCAGCGAUUUUGCCUGCCGCGUGUUCAGCAAUCUCAGCCUCAAAUCUGAAACCAAAACACCUGCGUGUUCUCCGUUCUCACGUGGAUCGAGCGCCGAGCGGUAUGCAAAUACAGCCCUCGCCUUCCUCAGUUGCAGAAUCAGAAUAACAGCUGCCCAGCAGCCCCAGGCCCAGGAACGCGGAGCGUCGGGCCGUCGGCACUGCAGGCGAGGCGAGGCGGCGCGGCGCGGCGCGGCCGCGGCCUUCACGCCUGCAUGCGCCAGCCGCCAGUCAGCGAAGCAGCAACCGCCGGCCCCCACCGUCAGGCAGUCAGAUAGACCCCAAAACCUGCAAAGCCACCACAAAACGAGCACCUCUCUCUCGCGAGCCCCUGUUUAUUUUUAUUUUCCUCUUCCUCUCCGCCUCCCCUUCCAGUUGCAGCCUCCCGCAUCCACCGGGGCCCGGCCACCUCGGCAGCUCAUCCUCCCCGUCCCGUCGACGCACACCGCCUCCCCUUCCUCCCAAGCACCGGACGUCUCGCCAGGGCGGCGAAGCACCGCCCAUCGCCGAAAUCCGAAAGCCAACAACUUUUGGGGCAGAAAGCCAGAAUGCCCGCGAAGAAGCGCCGGUUCCCAUCGCCGCCUUCGAAACCCCACGGCGACGUGGCGGCUCCAAGUCCCACCUCUGAUGCCGCCGCCGGCGGAGGCGUAGGAGAAGGAAGAGGAGGGCGCCCGCCGCUGCCGAGCAGGGGCGCCGCCAGGCCGAGGUUGACUGACCCGGACCCGGACCCGGACCCGGAGCCACAGGGCGGGCUCGAAGACGAUUCGGACGCCGAGGGUGACGGCGACGCGGACGACGGCGACAGCGAGUCCUCGCAGAGCGACGACGGCGGCACCAACGAGUUUAUGCUAGUGAAAUUAGCAGAGAUACGGAAGGAGGUUCAGUGCCCUAUCUGCUUAGGCAUUAUCCGAAAGACAAGGACAGUUAUGGAAUGUUUGCACCGGUUCUGUAGAGACUGUAUUGAUAAAUCUAUGCGACUAGGAAAUAACGAAUGCCCAACAUGUCGCACUCAUUGUGCAAGCAGACGUUCUUUGAGGGACGAUCCUAAGUAUGAUGCGCUGAUUGCAGCCUUGUAUCCAGAUAUUGAUAAGUAUGAGGAAGAGGAAUUUGCUUUCAGUGAGCAGGAGAGGAUUCAUAAUAAAAAGAUACAAGAAACCAUCGAGGAAACAUUCCGAAGACAGUCUGAUGCAAUUGGUAAGAAACGUUCCAUGGCAAAAGCAACUGCAACUGCCUUUGCAAGGAAGUACAGGAGAACCCGGGGGAGAGUUAGAACCAUUGCCCCUGAUAUUGCCCCUACUGGCUCUGCUGACGAGGAUAGAGAAGAAGAAAAUUCCAAAGAGACCACCAGAGAGCAAUGUUCUACUGAUGAUCAUUCUCCAGAUUUAAGACAGAAAAGAUGCAGGAAGAGGUCUGGACCACAAGGAUCACCUGCUGGAACCAUUGGCAGUAUUGACCACAACUGUGAGGAGAAUGAUGAAUUAGUUGGUGGAAAAGAAAUUUUAGCCACCUCUCCGUUGCAGGGAGAGAUGCUUGCAUGGGGGAAAAAUGGUACGCGGAGCCAAAAUCGACACGGUAGUGUUGGUUCAAAUGGCAGGAUUGGAAGGAGUGGACGCAUUGCAAAAUUGGUGGAUCACCUCCGUACUGCUGAUGAAUUGGACAAAGAGUUCCAGCUGUAUCUUGUUCUCCUUCCUGUCGAUGGACAAACCAUACCUAACUUGGAAAAGCCUUAUCUAAGUUGUCGACCAACCUUGUCCAUUCAACAUCUUGUACAGUUCGUUGCUCUACAAUUGUCUUGGAAAGUUGAAGAACUUGAGAUGUACAUAAGGAUGGACCGGCACCGUUUAAGCGUUGGCUCAGAGCCUUCCAGUACAGGUGAGGCAAAACCACGUCCAUUUGAUGGCUUGGAAAGACUGAGGGAAGAUAAACUUCUUUCGGAGCUUCAUCCUUCAUUUGCCUCUGGCAACGGUAAUAUGGAGUUGCGAUAUGCUUUGAAAACUCGAGACUAGAUCAGUUUUGAUCCUCAGCUACCAAUUUAUGAAGUCCCUGUCCAUACGGUGGUAAUGCAAAUGAAAUCUGCAUCUGGUGAAUGGAUUUAUGUAAAAAAGGAAUAUUCAAUGUGAAAUUGCUGUUUUCCUCAUUAGUCUUGUUAAGUUAGUGUACCAUCUUUUUGUAAUAUAUAACGAACUGAUUAGCGAAUGACCUCAGUAGGUGAGCCAUGUCUUCUAUUUACUGUUCAUUAUUUAAACGAGUCGAUGGCAGAAUGGGAAAUCGGAAGCUGAUUAUAAUAUAAAACCAACUCGCUUUUUCCUUG